AUGUCUGAAGACAAGAUGGAAAUAGAGGAAGAGAGGAAAGAAAAGAGAGGAGAAGAAAAAGAAGAAGAAAAAGCCAAAGAGAAAGCCGAUAAAGCAGAAAAAGCAAAGAAAGUAGAGAAAGCAGAAAAAGAAGAAGGAAAGAACGUAGAGAACAGAAAAGAACCGCCGUCGACGUCGCAAAAUUUCCCUACAGAAAAACUCGAUAAGUGUGCAGAAUUUGAGACCGACGACGAACAUUUAGAGAACAGAAGAUUCGAUUCUGCAAAUCGUUUGUAUUUUACCGAUGUCGACGAACGUAGAAAGAGACAGUUUGAUAAAGAAGAAAAGAGGGACUGA